UAGCGUUCGAACCUCCGCCGCGCGAGGUCGAGACGUUGUGCUUUCGUUGUAGCAAAAAGUCCCCGCUUUCUUCGCGAUCCAAAAAGUCCCCGUAACGCGAUCGUAUCGAGAACUCCGCGAUUAAAAUGCGCCGGUGAGCGUCCCUUUCGAGGUUCCACGUGCGAAACAGUGAAAAUAAAAGAGGAAGAAGUUAGAUUCCGCAGAUAUGGUAGAGCAUCGCGCGAACGAAUGAGCGAAGACAUUCGAGAAAUAAGGUAAUCGACUAUGCCAACCCUACGAUGGACGUCCACGAUGCUGACAACCAUAGGCUGCCGAAAGCCACCCUCCUGGACGUCGUCCUCCAAAUUGUUUCUGUACAAAGUGUACGGGAUCGUAGUGUUGUUUCUCGUACAGAGCGUCACGCUGACCACGAUCCUCGACAUUGUGUUUAACGUUAAAACUCAGAACGACUUCGGCGAUAAUCUCUACCUAACCGGCCCUAUGCUGAUCGCCUGCUGUAAGCUGUGCAGCUUAUUAGCCAAUCGGGACAGCAUCCUGAUACUGAUGCACGCUAUGCGGAAAAAGCCCUACUUGCCUGUCGAUGACGACGAGCUCAGAAUCGAAACGAGAUACGACGCUAUAAAUGAGAGAAUAACGAGUAUGUACACGAUCUCGGUCGAAUUCUGCAUAGCGAUAGUGUGGGUUACCUCGUUGAUGAGAGAUCCAAAGAACAAAAUGCUGGCCUUUCGAGCCUGGCAUCCGUACAACUAUUCAUCCCCCAUUUUAUAUGCUGCAACUUACGCUCAUCAAGCUGUGAGUGUAACAAUUGCCUCGCUGAUGAACACCGCUUACGAUUGUCUGUUCAGCGGCCUGUUGUUCUCUAUCUACAGUCAGCUGGAGAUUCUUGGGCAUCGCCUGCAACAGGUUAAAAGCGGUUCUGAGUCGGCGCGGGAAUGCGCGCGUCAGCAUAAUUUUAUAUACCAAUUUGCCAUGAAAGUGAACGAAGACUUUCAACUGGUGUUGUUCGUUCAGUUUAUGGCGAGUAUGACGAUCAUCUGUUUCACUCUUUACCGUAUUACCCAAACGGAUCUAGGAUCGAGACUCGCGGAGACAGUGGUGUAUGCGUUUUGCAUGCUGAUGCAGAUAUUUUACUUUUGUUGGUACGGCAACGAGGUCAAGUUGAAGAGCCGCGAGAUUCCAGAUUUGAUCUUUGCGGGCAACUGGCACAAUUUAGACGAGAACACGAGGAAGACGUUGCUGAUGAUCAUGCUUCGAUCCACGUUCCCUAUCGAGUUCUUGAGUGUUCACAUCGUGUCGGUGAAUUUGGAGUCUUUUAUGGCGGUGCUUAAAACGUCGUACUCGGCGUACAGCGUGUUGCAGCAAAAGUAACCGAUCGGGUCCGACAAUAUCUCGUAGCGUAGCGCUAUGGCAAUGUACGUCAGAAGAACCAUACUAGAUGUAACGCAAGGUAUUCGAUAAGAGUAGAAAUAAAUUCAGCAUGAACGCCGCAGUA